GAAACGAGAAGGACAAAUGAUAUGGCAGAACACGUGUAUAGUUACAUUUACUAGCUGUUCUAUUUUAUAGUGUUUGCAUGUGUUGUGUGUGUGUUGUGUGUGAGAAAUAGAGAAAGAGAAAGAAUAUAAAAAAAUACUGAGCUCAGUCUGCUAUAUCUUUCUGUCAAACUACAAUGUUCAUCGGUGUAACGUAUCCGUGUAUAAUUAAUAAGACGAGUCGAUGAAAGUAAUUACAAUUGUAUAAAAUGAAUAAAUGAAAUGUCUUUUUGCGAAUUUUUACGAAAGAUGUGUCAUGUGGGUCCGUGAAAUGAAAAUAAAUUAAUGAAAUUAAUUAAAAGUAUGUUGUAAGAAUGCCAUCGGAAAUAAAAAGUAUUGACACUUUAAGUGGCCAAGAUGAGGAAAGAGAAAGACCUACAGAAGAGUUGGCAACAUCUAUAAAAGGGAAUACAAAUAAUACUACAUUAAAUGUAGAUAACAACAAGGAGACUGUAACAUCAAAUGAUAGAACUGAAAUAAUAGAAGAAGCGGGUAACUCUUCUGUAUCAUUCGAUAAUCAAAUAUUACCUGAGAAUGGUUCUUCGCAACAAGGGGAGAUUGAAUCUCUCCAAAAUAAAAUAACAAAUAAUGUUAUUUAUACUACGCAAAAUCCAAAUAAAAAAGAAACUCUACAAACGAAUGCGUCAUAUAUAUUAGCAUCUAAAGGAAAAUAUGAUGACAAGAGUGAGCUUUCCAAAGAUGUUACCGUCAAUGAUAAUGCUAUGUAUGAAGAACUCGCACGAACUUCAAGUCCAAUGCCUGCAUUGUUGUCACACAAAAAUUUAAUUAGGAAGAAGAUCUUUUUUGCAAGUUCAGACAAUGAGUAUGAAAAAUUACAAAUUGAUCUUGAAUCUACGUUUCCUGAUAGAAAUGUAAUUCAAGAAAAAUGUGUUAAUUGGAAUCCAAGGAGUGAACAACCGGAAGCUAACAAUGAAAGUAUAUUAACUAGUUUCAAUUCUAAAGCAACAAAAGAUAAUUGUAAUGAUAUGAAUGCAGAUAAAUCGUCAACAUUUUCUCAUGAAUUACCUGAUAUACAUUCGACGUUUGAUAAUGGCUCAGCAGAUGUUAGCAAUGCUAUGAAUUUAAUGAAGCUAUUAAAACUGCCUAACGAUAGUGAUAAUGAUUCUUUAUUAGAUAGUGCCAGUGGUUUUACUAAGGAUAAUUCAUUUGUGCCAAAACGGUUGUCAAGUCCACUCCCUACUCAAACAGACUCGCUUGAUUCCCAGUAUAACUUAAUCCCUACUAUGAAGCCAUUAAGCAUACAAAAUACUGAUAAUAAAGAAUUGGUGGAUGAUGUUAAUGACACUAAUGUCUUAUGUUUACAUAGAAUGAAUGAGACACCACAAUUACAAGAUAGUUUUACGAAUUUGCCGCACUGCAGCAAUUUUAUGAUUACCAAGGAUAAUUUGCAAUUAGAUGAUAUUAACCAUAAAGACUCAUUAGAAAAAGAUAAAUACGAUGUAAAUAAUUUAAAUAAAGUUGAUUCAUUAUCCACAAAUACAUCUAAAAGUGAUAUGCCAGUUGAAAAUAUGUUAACUGAUAUGCCUCAUAGUAAUAUUAUAAAGGGAAAGAAAUUAUUUAAAAUGUCCAUUUUACGAAACGUAGAUGAAGCUGCAGCAAUUCCGCCAACAGAAUUAGAAGAAAAUGCUAUAGCGCUUUUAGAACCAUCCAUUUCAAGGCAAGGACCUUUAUUAGAGGAAGCACAGAGUAUAGAAUUGGAUCAUCGUUCUUCAAACAGUAGUGAUGGAAGUAAUUCCGAUACAGAAUCUCAACAAGCUGUUUCAACUCGUAACAGAUCUGCAAUGAAAUUAACCGAAACUAAUGGUAUAAUAACAAAAGAAGGGGUAGAAUAUUAUCAGCUAUGGCGUAGCACUGCCGGACUUUCACCCCCUGAGUCUUUAUAUGAAACGCUCUAUCCAAAUCCUCCACCCCUUCCACCAAGAACAGUGAACAAAUUCUUGCACAAAAGGAAUGCAUUACUACCAGAAUUACCAAAAAGGCAUCUUUCAAAAUACCCCGCGCCUUUGCACCCUUCAGAUUGUUUUGGAUUUGAGAUCGUAGAUGUUGACGAAGCAUCUAAUUUGAAGACAAGGACAGCAGUAACCACAAGUAUAGCAUUGUUAAGUUCACCAAGAACUCAUAGAUCAUUGACAAGACCAGAAAUAGGAGGAUUAUCUAAUUCAUCAGAGUGUCCUCCAACACCAACCCACCGUCCAAAACCUUUACGACCAUUACCAAUGUGUCAAACGUCGAAUAUAUCAUUAUCUUCAGAAGAACCGUUACCACCUUCAUGGGAAGCACGAAUAGAUAGUCAUGGUAGAGUAUUCUAUAUAGAUCAUAUUAAUCAUACUACAACAUGGCAAAGACCUACAUUAGCUACUCGAAAUACGGGUUGUGAUCUUCGAAGACAACAACUAGAUAGGCGCUAUCAGAGUGUUAGACGUACUAUUUCUCGGCCUGAUAAUAUUGAUCGUGAGCCUUGUAAUCCCAGUACAAAUGGAAAUCAUAGCGAAAAUAAUGAAAGACAAAAUGACAGAUCCACUGAGAGAACAGAUUCUGAGACUUUUGAUAUUACAACAAUACCACCGGUGCUAUUUUUAACAAGACCUGAUUUUUUCAAUGUCCUUCAUACUAAUGUAGAAGCUAUGGAAUUAUACAACCGUAAUCCAAGUUUAAAGCAUAUGAUUAGUAGAAUUAGAAGAGAUUCCGCUAUAUUUCCAAGAUAUGAACAUAACAGAGAUUUAGUUACUUUAAUUAACUUUUUUGCUGAUCCAACAAAAGAACUCCCAAGAGGGUACGAAUCAAAACUCGACAGAACAGGCAAAAGAUUUUUCAUUUGUCAUGCACGGAAAGCUACAUCAUUUAUUGAUCCAAGAUUACCAACUGAAGCUGCACAUCCAAGAACGUUACUGGAUGAAGCACCUACACCACCACCCAGACCACAACAAUCUGCUAUUACGACAACACCAGAUAUACCUGUAGCUUACAAUGACAAAGUUGUGGCCUUUUUAAGACAACCAAAUAUAAUAGAUAUUCUAAAGGAAAGGCAUUCAGCAUUAGGACAAAAUAUAGCAUUACGUGAAAAAGUUAAUACCAUUAGAGUAGAAGGUACCACAGCCUUACAAAGACUGGGACAUGAUGUACCUUUAGCAUUAUUGUUAAGUUUGUUCGAGCAAGAAAUUAUGUCAUAUGUACCUGGAAAUGUUGGAAGAUCUCCAAUUGGUAGUCCACAUGCGUCACCAGGUCUAACAAGAGCUUCGGCCAGAGCACCAGCUCCAUAUAGAAGAGAUUUUGAAGCUAAACUUAGAACAUUUUAUAGAAAAUUAGAAAGCAAAGGAUAUGGACAAGGACCGGGAAAACUUAAGCUGCAUAUUAGAAGAGAGCAUUUGCUGGAAGAUGCUUUUACACGUAUAAUGGCUGCUACUAAGAAAGAUUUACAAAAGGGCAAAUUAGUUGUUAUUUUCGAUCACGAAGAAGGUUUGGAUUAUGGCGGUCCAUCUCGUGAAUUUUUCUUUCAUCUAUCACGUGAACUUUUUAAUCCUUAUUACGGUUUAUUCGAAUAUUCGGCGAACGAUACAUACACCGUUCAAGUAUCUCCUAUGUCAGCAUUUGUUGAUAACUAUCACGAUUGGUUUAGAUUUUCAGGUAGAGUUUUAGGUUUGGCAUUAGUUCAUCAAUAUUUAUUGGAUGCGUUUUUUACAAGGCCGUUUUACAAAGCACUUUUGAGAAUACCAGCUAGCCUAAGCGAUUUAGAAAGUUUGGAUCAAGAGUUCCAUCAAAGUUUAAUGUGGAUUAAAGAAAGGGAUAUAAGCAUAGAACCGUUGGAAUUAACUUUCUCUGUAACUGAAGAACUUUUGGGUCGUGUAGCUGAACGUGAGUUAAAACCAGGUGGAAGAAAUAUCGCUGUUACAGAAAAAAAUAAAAAAGAAUAUCUUGAAAGGGUUGUACGUUGGCGAUUAGAACGUGGCGUCGCUGAACAAAUAGAAUCACUUGUUCGGGGCUUUUACGAAGUGGUAGAUCCUCGAUUGGUAUCGGUCUUUGAUGCACGCGAAUUAGAAUUAGUAAUAGCAGGUGCUGCUGAAAUUGAUCUUAACGAUUGGAGAAUGCAUACGGAAUAUAGAAGCGGUUAUCACGAUGCACAUCCUGUGGUAGAAUGGUUUUGGAGUAGUAUAAGCCGAUUCUCGAACGAACAACGACUUCGAUUAUUACAAUUUGUAACUGGAACUUCGAGCAUUCCAUACGAAGGAUUUGCAGCUUUACGUGGAUCUACUGGACCAAGAAAAUUUUGUAUUGAAAAGUGGGGAAGACCAAACAGUUUACCCAGAGCUCAUACUUGCUUUAAUCGUUUGGAUCUUCCACCAUAUCCUACACCAGAAAUUUUAUAUGAAAAAUUAUUAUUAGCGGUGGAGGAAACCAAUACCUUUGGAAUCGAAUAAAGCAAUGUGAUGUAGUUAAAUUUACAAAUUAUAAACAAUAGUCUAAUAUAUUGAAUCUUAUAGCAUAAUGAAAAUAAUUGAAAACUUUUUCAAAUCGCAGCUGAAAGCUUCGUUUUAACAAAACGUAUUUGAAUAUUCCAAAUUUUCUAAGAGAAUUUCUUUUCUUUUUUCAUAUUUUUUUUUUUUUU